AUGGCUACCCUUUGUGGAGCCGAGACAUUCACACUAUCUGUUGGCCAUCUAGCUCAAUACUCUACUUCGCUCAGUACUAUACCUACACUGACUGGCUCACGUAUCAUGUUUACCGAGCCAGCUGACCAAGAUGGUGUCGACAUGGUCUUCUCGGAUGAAUUGCGUGCUAGUAUCAAUCAAGCUCUUGACAGCAAGUGUGCAGCGAUCGACAAUGCAUGCUUCGAUAGCAUCAAAAACCUGCUAUUCAACCCUCAUACAAACCUAGAACUGGGCUCAGCGGCAUCAGGGGUACAGUCGCGCACGUUUGCCUUUAUCACGGAAUCUGCUACUUCGGCUCUAGUCAUCACGCCGACGGCUGACGUUGUCACGAUUACCCAGUCCGAUGCACCACUUCAAACGACGUUGACUGAACCAAAAGACGGUCACUCAAUCGGCGACGUUGCCCUUUUUCUUUCUGCCGACCUUGCAGCUCGUCUCGCAAGCAUGAUCAAUAUAAGCAAAAAAUGCGUGGCCGGAGCUGCAUUUUCCGACACGAAUAGACGCAAACUUCGCAGUCGAGACGUCGAGGAUCAGCUAGGAGAGGUCGUAUGUGCAGCUCGAGAAAUCGUUCUCAACGCCGGACCUAGUGGUCCCUUUGCGGAACUGGGUCUGGUUCAAGGACGGGAACCGAUAUGGACGGAGCCAGACGUACAACAAGCAAUGCUUGAGGUAAUGGGGUUUGCCGUCGAGGCAGCCGCAUAUAUAGCCCGUCCCCGACAGGUAAUGAGAGCUCUUGCGGUAGCUUCUUUCCUGUUGGCUUUCAACGCUAUCAUUCAUGCGACACCACCUUCGAUGACAAACUAUUGGUCUAAGACCGAAAUGGAAGGUACUGCGACGGCUUCGAUCGGUGCAACGACUAAAAUAGCAAUUUCAAGCAUGUCCACCGUCUCUAGUACGACGAAAAGCUCGAGCUCGUCAGGCUUGAUGACUUGCACAGCGUCUUGUACCCAGACCGGUAAUAUACGAGACUGCACCACCCUAUGUACUACAUCUACUGAUGCCCCUCACCUUUCAACAUAUGCUGUUACCACAGCGACAAUUGAGCCGUGGACUGUCCCUUACCACCCCCAAAUCCCAAUCAUCCCAAUUGAGGAUUACUUGACCUUUUGUCUAGCCAACGAAGAUACGAAAUUUCCCAUCGACUCAUUCAACACAACGUAUACCCAGUUCUGCGAGAACGUUGACGGCUCAACCGAAGACGUCACUUGGAUGGUCGAUUCAAAAGGAGAACAAACACAAUUUAACCGCCGGAAUUUUUGGAGAAGGGAAAACCCCGAUGAAUACAGGGACUACAAGUUUGCACUUUGGUGGAGACCUAAAACGGGGGAAAAUGCUACCGAAUGUACUGUUCAAUGCUACGACGCUUUCAAAGCACUGAACGACUACGAUUCAUGCAAGGUAGGCGAUGAUAAGAAGUUUCUGGCUGGUAGUGGAGCUAUCAACAUCGGCUGUGGCACGUACUCCUUCAGUGUUCACCACCAGAUUCAGUCCGCGAUCAAGUGUUUCAGCCAUCCCCUCGAUGCACCAAAGAAAGACAGUGCUGCCUCGGGUGAAACGAGCGUAGAAUUCGCUAUCCAAACCUGGUACAGCGACAACGACAACCACCAAUUUACCUCAAACACCAUCUCAGACAACGUGUACUGGCGUUGGGGUGUCACUCAACUCGACGUACCCGACCGCCGCUCAUUCUGGCUCCGGGCUAGCCCAAACGGCAACAACCAACAAGCAUCAUUCCUGAAAGACGAAUGCAUCGCCGGCCUAACAGAAGGCCUAAGCAAGUGCGAUCCAGACUUUGAUACUUCACAUGGCUUCACCGCUUCUAUUGGUACUAUCGACUACAGUCUUGAUCUUAGCGGUGUCACGAUUGGCGAUAGUCCUCCUUGGGACGAAUACCCGUCUUUCCCCGCCCCAGAACAACUAACCGCGAAAGGCAGUAAAAAGCCCCAGACGCCCAAAUGUUGGGAUGUGAAUCGAUACGCCACAGGCAGAAAGGUCUUCCCGGACAAUCUUGAACAAGCAAUUAACGCUUGGUGUAUCGAUGACGCGGAGAUCAAGGGCUUCAGUCAUAAUAGUGACCAGGGGCAGGUGUUUCCCCCAGAGGGUCAGCCGGGUUUCUAUCCUGAGAGUUGGAAUCCACAGCAUAUCCAUCUCGCUGUGCAAACGGUUGAGAAUGGGGCGCCGGAGCCGUAUGAGAACAUGAAUUGGUGCCAGUAG